CCUAAAUUGAGAAAUUGAACCGAACUAGGAGAGAAAGGAACGCAAGCGAAGAAGAUUUCGAAGCAGAGGGUCAAAGGUUGUUCCAAUGGCACCAGACAGCUCCACUUCGUGAACGACCUCCAUGGGUGAUGGACCUAUUCGACGAAGGUUUGUAUGCGUCUGUGGUGUUUAGUCUCCCUUGAUUACGUUGUGGUCAAAGGACAAUCCAGGAAGAAAGUUCAACAGCUGUGGAAGGUACCAGGAAAAAGGAAAUGCAAGUUCUUUGUGUGGCAUGAUAAUGAAGGCAAUGCACGUGAUAAGAAGCUGAUUGCAGCACUGCUUUCUAGAAUUGAAGGGAUGGAGAAGAAAAUUACCUUGUUAACUUGGACUUGUGUUGUUUGGUGGGGACUUUUUGCUCUAUUUCUCUUUGCAUUUGUAAUCAAGUGUAUGAAUAAGGUAUAGGAUUGGGUUUAGUUGCUGGUGGUUUAGUGAAAGUAAGGGUUUAGUUGUUGGUGGUUUAGUGAAAGUAAGGGUUUAGUGGUUGGUGUUGUAGUCAAAGAAGGGAAUGUAGUUGUUUGUGUAAUUUGGUGCACUAUUUUUUGAAUGCAAAUGAAGAUGAACUUUUAGUAUA